AUGCGCAAAAUAUCAUUAAGUGAUGAUGAUAAUGAUAAUGGUUAUAUGGAACGUAUAUUACCUGGUAUAUCAGCAUCAACAUCAACAACACCUCCAUUGGAACUUCCACAUGGUCGAAGUAAUAGUACAAGUAGUAUGCCAAGUGUUCCUCUAACACCUUUUUUUUCAACCGGUCGACAUCGUCUUUUACCGCAAACACCAGAAAAUUAUAUACGUCGCUCAUCAUCACCAAGAUUCCUACCAACACCACCAUCAUUAUCACCACGAAAUGUUACCACUUCAUCGGAUUGUUCGCUUUAUAAAUCGAAUUUGGAACAGCUAUCAGUAAAAUCUGGUAGACGUCUUCCACAAACACCAAUUCAUAAAGAUUCUACUCGAUUAAUUACUGCUAAAAAGAAUGCAUCAAUAAAGCAAUCAUAUUCAACUACUGUUAACGGUGAUGACGGUGAUAACACUGAUGCUAAUGAUAAAAUUGGUAAUAUUGGUGAUAAUGAUUGGCCAUCACCAACAAUUGUACAACGGAAAUUUUCUGAAUUUCAAAAAGCUUCCAAUAGUGAUAGCAGUGCAAUAUCGACGUUAUUUGAACAUUUUUCAUGUGGUACUCCAUCAAGAUCAUUGCAACGAUUAUCAUUUCUAAAUCAACAACAAAAUCGUCUUCAACAACAACAACAAGGCAGAAAAUUUAAUCAACCACAAUAUUCUCCAUAUCAUUCAAGUGGUACUUCAAUUAGUACAAAUGCUUUGUCACAAAGUUCAUUAUUAUCACCGUCCACUGAACAGGUUUAA